AUGCCCGAAGAAACUCGAUACCAGUGGAAAGAGUCAAGUACAGGCUUCUGGCAUCGAAGCAUCGACGAGUGUGAGCUAUUCUAUCGCCUUUACACGCAACCAGAACAUGGUUGUUAUCCCAUUACAGCAUGCGCCUCGUUCCAAGUCAAGGAUGGCAACGUAAACCCGGAUGCCAAUGUGGAAAGUGCCUUGCGGAAUGCUUGGACCUUCCUGCGCUAUAGACAUCCGACCUUGGGGUCUAGUAUUGAAGGUAGCGACCGACCUGACGUAUGGGAACGGGUGUACAGACCCUUUCAGACUGGUGAUGAUAUCGAGUCCUGGCUCAGCUCGACGUUCAAAAUUAUUGUCACUGAUGAGAGUGCACUCUCCUGGUUCAACAACUGUGCGCCUUCUUUCCAUAUACCAACGGUGUACGUUGUACAGUCUGGAUUGGAGGCACAGCAAACAGUGUUUCUUCGAUGCCCUCACGACAUCACUGAUGGAGUUGGCAUUCUUCAAUUACUCGAUCAACUCUUCGUGCACGCUACCAAGUUCUAUGGAAAAGCCAGAGAGUUCAAAUACCCUCUACCCGACACUGAUCUUGGUACACGACUCUCCCCUUCUUUACGGGUCGCUGCUUCUAUCCCUGACUUAUUGUCCAAAGCUGAAACAAAGCGGUUCCAGGAGUUGCAGACCACCAAUGGAAAUGUUUGCAAUCAUCCAUAUUUGAUGGGUUUACCAACGAGUGCUUCUCAUGACAGUGCACCAGAUAUGAAACGUAUUGCUGUAUCGGUCUCUCAGGAAGUGUCAAGCCAGGUCUUAGUCGGUUGCAAGAACAUUGCUCCUGGAGUCAGCCUGACACAUGUCUUUAUUGCUGCUUUGACCAUGGCUCUUGGCGAUCUCCAACCUCGACAAGACAAGACUUAUACUGCUCGGUACAUAGACAGACCCAUGAUCAACAUUCGUCCUUACUGUCACGAACCUUUUAACAGUCCCGACCAUGCAGCAGCAGCUUACCAUGCCGUGUCUUCACAAGCACUGGGUAUAGACGUCAAAGUACCAGGCUCAGCUGACGAUGAUACUGAAGUCGAUGCCUUAUCAGAACUAGCUAUCAAAGUCCGGGAUCUCUAUCAACAGUUCAAGUCAGACUUGUCAAAUGAUACGCAUGAACAGGCCUUGUUCGCUCCGCAGGUAUUCCAGACUCUAUCACCUCCACCCGGCGUGGACCCAUGGGUUGUUCAAAAGAAACCGUUUUGCCCUGUUUCUCUCUCCUCGAUCGGCAACCUGACCACCAUAGUAGGUGGCUCCGAUGGUGUCAUUGAGCUUACAAAAGGAUGGGUUGCUAGUCAGCCUAUUAGUGCUGGGGUGGCAUUGUUUCUUGCUUCAUGGGACGGUCAAAUCGAGUUGUCCAGUGUUUUCAACACUCAGUAUCAUGAUGGGGGGUUUGUGGAAAGGUUCAUUACGAAUAUUCUGACACAUGUGUUCAUAGGCUUUGGGAUUGAUGGGGACGGUCGCGCAAUUGUAUCAGCUAAAUAG